AUGGCAACAGCUUCUGUGGAUAGCAUCGGGGAUGUUGCGGAUGAAGGAUUGGACACAUCAUUCCUCGCCGAACAGAACCUAGAUACUUCCUCUACUGAGGAUGAAACAGUCCAGGCCAUGGGCGCCAUGCACAAUAUAAACGAGUGGCAAACGCCAGAAAGUGUAGGCUCACUCAUCUGCUGGCCCGGCAAUGGGUUCAAUAUUGGCCUGAACGGUGACUGCACUCUUGCUGUUGAAGACAUGAGCUCGAUGAGUAUUACAACUUCUCAGUACCAACGGCGCAACAUUAUUGAAUUAGACUCUCCACGCAAAGCUUAUAGUCAUUAUAAUACUAUGCGAAGCGAUGACGGUCUAUUUCACUGUCCAUUCGAGGGCUGCAACAACAAGCCAGAGAAGUUAAAAAGCAAUUACAAGUAA